GUAAAGCACAGAACUGCAACAGUGUUUCAUUAGCCGUGUCACUUUGUCCUGUCUAGUAUUAAUUGAUUCCGAAGAAGGAAGAAAUUCCCGUUUUCAGUGACAGAAGCUUUUUUAUUCUAUCGACUCCUGCUACUGUUCCUGUGGAGAAGAAGAGCUAUGGAUGUAGUGUGUCUGGUGUGUUUGGCGCUGAACAUCGGUGCUUGGUUCGCCUCUGCGGAGAGACACAGCGUCUACUGGAACAGCUCCAACCCAAACUUCCUGUGGGAUGAGUACACAGUGGAAGUGCGUAUCAACGACUAUCUGGAUAUCAUCUGUCCACACUACACCCACGGCGAGGUGCCAUCACACGCAGCUGAGCGCUAUGUCCUGUACAUGGUGGAGAAGGAGGACUAUGAAGUGUGUAAACCCCACUCCUUUGAUCAGCUUCGUUGGGAGUGUUCACGUCCCUUCGCUCCCCACGUGCCCGAAAAAUUCUCUGAGAAGUUCCAGCGUUUUACCCCCUUCACCCUGGGCAAGGAGUUCAGACAGGGGGAGAGCUACUAUUAUAUUUCUAAGCCAAUGCAUCAUCAUGGUCAGGAGUGUCUAAGGCUUAAAGUGGAUGUUGCCGACCAUAAAGGCUCCAUGGGAAAGACUCACAUAAACAAAUCCAAAGCAGAGGACACUGGAAAGAUCUUGGAUAGUGGAAAAAUCAGAUUUCCUUCUGGAGGAGUGCAUAACCCCUCUAACCGGCUCCCAGCAGAUGACCCUGCUGCGAUGGAGCCGAAUGUCCAGAGGAGCAUCGGCAGUUCAGGAACACAGCUGGUCUCCCUCUCACUUUUCUUUACAUUGAUCCCAGUCCUAUUAGCUGUGAUGCUGCACUAAGGGUGAACAGGACGUCAUACCAGAGACAAUGCUAACCCAGUGCUGGUCACUGGGAUGAUGGACACAGAGUUUUUUAUACAGAUUUUUUUAUACAGCAUGGGCAGCGCGUGUUUAUGUGUUUGAUGUGUUUGUUUGCGUGAAUGUGGGAUGUGGAUCAUUCCAAAGAAGAGGACCUCAAAGAAACUUUUUCUUACUUUAUGGGAAUAUUAAUUCUCAAAUGUGACCAUUUAAAAUGCACACUUGAUUUGGUAAUUGUGAACGAAACUGCAAGCAAACAGAUAAAAAAAGUUAAUGUAAGAUUGAAUAUGAUGAGAGGACUACAUUAUCCUGUUCUGUUUUCCAUGUCAUUGGUACACAUAUAUGCACUGUAUUUCAUCUUAAGGUGUCAUUGUCACUUUUCUGUCUCUACAUGUAGAGAAAUCAUCAGUUUUGUGUAUUGCAAACUGUUGGCUACUGCCAAAGUGGUAUACAUUAUUUAGGAUGUUAGUCAUGUUUUCAUGUAGCACUCAGCUCCCUGUUGUGUCUCCUCAGAUCUAUGCUGAAACACCAUUUACAUGGUUGGAGUACAGUAUUCAUCCACAUAUACUGUAUAUAUCAGUUUUCUUGCAGUAACCAGUCUACUGUGUGCUCUCACAAAGGGAUGUGACCUGCAAGACUAAGACAGACAAAGAACAAAACUAAAACUAGGUAUUUUUUAAGGAGCUGAGCUUCUUCCGUACUUAUGGCUCUUCACUCAUUUCUGUUGUGUUGACAUUAUCAUGGUACACUGGCUGAUAUUUGCAGACAUGAUCCAACUUGCAGAUCAUCAAAUCUCUAACUGAAGGGACUUUGCAGAAAACAAUUAAGUGUAAAUCUGUAGUUUGGUUUUCUUGUUAAAUGUACUGUACCUGUGUCAUUUUUGUAAUUGUUUAUAUGUAAAUUUGUACAGAGAAAAAACUAUAAGAAACUGUUUUAAGAUGUGAAAAAGCUUUAGUGUAAUAAAAAAAAUAAUCUUGAUGUUGUCAA